AUGUUCCUCUACAUUCUAAUUGCCAUCUGUUCGGCCGUUUUAAUUUACUGUAAAUGGGCCUACAGCUAUUGGCAACGUCACGGCUAUCCCUAUGUUCCCGCCCAAAUACCCUUUGGCGUUUUGGAUCCCGUUGUACGCACAUGGAAAAAAUCUGUGGGCAUGGCCAUCUAUGAUAUCUACGAACAGACUCGGCAGCAUAAAGUUGUCGGCAUGUAUCUGAUGAAUCGUCCCGCUUUGUUGGUUCGUGAUGCCCAAUUGGCUCGUGAUAUGUUAACCAAAGAUUUUGCCAGUUUUCAUGAUCGUGGUAUUUAUGUCGAUGAAAUUCAUGAUCCCAUGUCGGGUGGUAUCUUCUUCCUCAAGGGACAACAAUGGAAGGCAUUGCGUACAAAGUUGACACCCUCAUUUACAUCGGGAAAAUUACGUGGAAUGUUCGAUACGAUUCAUGAUGUUUCGAUGCGUAUGGUCGAAUAUUUGGAUAAACAAUUGCCGGCCACAUAUAAUACCUACAAAUCGAUGGAAGUUAAACAUUUAUAUGUGACUUACGCCAUUGAUAUUAUUGCCUCGUCGAUUUUUGGCUUAGACGUGGACAGUUUCAGUGAUCCCCAAAAUGAAUUCUUCAAAUUGAGCCGUAAUGUCAAUGAGAACUCAUAUCGUGGUGUAUUCCGUAAUACUUGCCAAAUUAUGUACCCAGGUUUGGAGAAAAUCUUCCAACGUUUGGGCUGGACCGAACCCGCUCCCGAAUAUAUGAAGAAAAUCGUACGCCAAACAAUUGAGAAACGUGAAAAACACAAUAUUGUACGCAAGGAUAUGUUGCAGUUGUUGUUGCAAUUGAGAAAUACCGGUAAAAUCAAUGGUGAUGAAGAUGAAGGAUGGUCGGCGGUUAAGACAAAGGAUGCCCUUGCCAGUAUUUCAACUGAAUUGAUAGCCGCCCAAUUGUUCUUGUUCUAUGUGGCCGGUUUUGAAACAUCGGCUGCCACUGCUGCCUUUACCCUUUACGAAUUGGCUCGUAAUGCUGAUUUGUUGGCCAAAGCCCAAGAAGAUGUAAAACAGGCAUUGGAAAAACAUGGCGGUUCAAUGACCUAUGAUUCCUUGAAGGAUAUGAAAUUUUUGGAUUUAUGUGUGAUGGAGACGACACGUAAAUAUCCCGGCUUGCCCAUAUUAAAUCGUGAAUGUACCCAGGAUUAUCCUCUGCCCGAAUCGAAUUUGAUUAUCAAGAAGGGUACACCAAUUAUUAUUUCCCUCUUUGGUAUACAUCGUGAUGAUGAAUAUUUCCCGGAUGCAUUGCGUUAUGAUCCGUAUCGUUUUGAAAAUGAAAAUUAUAAUGCCGCUGCGUAUAUGCCAUUCGGUGAGGGACCCAGACAUUGUAUUGCUCAACGCAUGGGCAAGUUGAACGUGAAGGUGGGUGUUGCUCAAAUUCUCCAACAUUUUGAUGUGAAAGUUGAUCCCACCGCCCCUGAAAUUGAAUUCGAUAAUUUCGGUUUGCCCAUUAUGCCAAAGGGUGGUGUACCCGUUCAAUUGUCGCGAAAACAAAAACUUGUGAUACAAAAUUAG